GCAGUCUGGUCGGGAGCUCGCGGAAUUCUUCUCUUAUUGCGCAAAUCUUCGCGGACAGACGCAGGGAGAUGUCAGGCACUUCGCGCGCACAGCUGUGUUUCCUCCUGUUGAGCGUCACGGCUCUCCGGGGACACGCGCGCUUUCUGGACAUACAGGAAAACGAGAUCAGCCCGGAAGGAUUAUUAUCUCUGCUCAGCUCUGAACUAAAGCGAGAGUUACCGGAGGAGUUUGUGUACCGCCGAGCGCUCAGAUGUCUGGACAUGGUGGCCGUAGAGGGUCAGUUCACAUUCACGGCGGAACGCCCACAGUUAAACUGCGCCGUGUUUUUCAUCGGCGAGCCCAGCGACAUCAUUAGCAUCGAGUACGACGCGGUCAACAUCGACUGCAGAGGAGGGGAUUUCGUAAAGGUGUUUGAUGGCUGGGUGAUGAAGGGCGAGAAGUUUCCCAGCACACAAGACCAUCCUCUUCCUCUGUACGAGCGCUACUCUGAUUACUGCGAGACCGGAGUGACUCGACCGGUCGUACGGUCGUCUCAGAAUGUCGCCAUGCUGUUCUUCAGGCUCCACCAAUCGGGGAGCAGCUUCACAGUAACAUUCCGCAAACUCAUCAAUCCGUUCCCCUGUAAUGUUGUAUCUCAGACCCCAGAGGGCAGUUUUACCAUGAUCAUUCCACAGCAGCACAGGAACUGCAGUUUUUCCAUUAUAUAUCCAGUGGAGAUCCAGAUUGGAGAGCUCAGUCUCGGCCAACACAAUGAUCUCAAGCGGUCCAUUCUCGGCUGUGCCGGUUCUGGAGACUUUGUCGAGCUUCUGGGUGGAAACGGCAUGGACACGUCCAAGAUGUUCCCUAUGGCAGAUCUCUGCUACUCCUUUAACGGACCAGCUCAAAUGAAGGUCGGCUGUGAUAACACUGUGGUCAGAAUGGUGUCGAGCGGGAAGUUUGUAAAUCGAGUUAGUUUCCAAUAUCGGCUACUGGGCCACCAAGAGCUUCAGCAGAUGAAGGGCAACAGCGUUGAAGACGUGUGUUUAAGAGCAUAAGACCUUCUCUGUUCCCUGCUCUUGUUCAGGGGGAUGCCAAACUUAGUUGAGUUUGAGCCUUUGUAUAUUUUCCUUAUUAAAAAAUUAUUUAUUUUUGCCUCAUCUUUUCAUUUGACACUUCUGAUCUUUUUAAUAUCAUAAACUUGUAAGAUCUGUGGCUGAUGUUAAAUAAAAUAUGUACUUGUGUUGGUGCACAUCAGUGUUUUGUUCAGCAUGUUUCAUUUUGAAGAGCCCGAAUCAAAUCUAAAGAGCGGUACUGCACAAGUAUUACAAUCCAGUAUGUAUGACAAAUGUUACUGUCUUUAUUUAUUUAUCUGUAUUAAAGAACUUUUGUAAUAAAAUCAGUAAACAUGA